UAACGUUACAGUCUGACAUAAUUGUGCCUUUUAAAAUUGUUGUAUGCUGUUACCACAGUGGUGGUUAACAUUGCUGUUUUUCUUUUCUCUAUUGUCUAGAUAAUGAAGUUGACGGAGAAGCAGUGGACUAUGGAUUGACUGAGAGGAUGGUUUCAUACCUCUUUGAAGGAUCCUUUAAGAAGCAAGCCAAAUUCAACAGAUUUGUUCAGCAGUGGAAAGAAACCGUGACACUAACCCUCGAGCCUGUCCCGGUACAUUCAGAGAAGGCUACAGCGGAAUCAAGUCAUGCCAUCCCAUCAUCAGCCUUCCCAGCAGUUUUCAUCAUUCCUAAAUUUCCCAGAGAUGUUCAGACAAAGUUGGACCAAAAACCGGCAUGCAAAAUUGAGAGAUCCCAUCACAACAAAAUCAUAAGAACAUUGUUUGAAACCAUGGCCCUGAUCAAAAUGUUUCCGACCAAUGAUGACUAUGUUAAAGUGUGUAAGGCCCUGAUUUUGAAAUACCCUUUCUUAAAGGACAAAGAAGGCAAUGGUUAUCAUACCUGGCACAUGUCUCUCAAACGUAAGUUCAAAUAUGAGCGGGUGCCACUGGUAGAUGAUGAAGAGGUGAGAAGAAUGAAACAGAAAUUUGGUCACCACAAAAAGCCUUUACAACAGGAAGAAAACACAAGCAAACGAGCCAAGCCAUCAAAGGAGGUGGAUAUUAUUGGGGAGGAUGAUACCUCAGUAGCGAGGCAUGUGAAAGUCCUGCAGGACCAGUACCGGAAGACAAAGCCAGAUGCCCAAAUGGUGGAGGAACGGAUGAUGAGGACAUUUGCUUGGAGAAGGCGAGAGAUUGCCAAUGGGAUGACUGUCGAAGAAGCCAUUAACAAAUAUCCAUUCCUUAAGAGUCCAUGCGGGCUAUUUCAGGAAAUGGGCCGGCUUCAUGAUGAAAUGAAUAUCUGCCGAAGAUUUGAAGAUGGCUUUAAGGUCCUAGUACCCAAAGUGCUUAAAUUGACUCAAAGGAAAUCUCCCCUUGCAGAUUUGGCUUUGGAGGAAAGAGAGGCUGCCCUCACCGAAGAUGUCCCUGGGAUUGAUUUCAGAGCUGCAAUCCUGCUGUUGCCGAUCCUGUUCAGGGAGAAAAAUGACAUUCUCGUCAUACUUGGGGAGGAUCAGCCACCAUCGCCAUAUCCUACUGUACAUCUCGACGCUGUCGCUGACUGGAGGAGUGUGCUGACUCAAAGGGUCCCUGCAGUGGUCAAACUGGAUGGGCAGUCAGUCUGCAGGGCGCUUGGUUUGGAGGAAGGUGUUAUUGCUGCUUUUUGUGCUUACUUCAUCUACAACGUGAUAUAUCCAUCUCGCCUGAAGAACACCCUAAUUUUUAUUCAGCGAUAUGUUCUAAAAAUGUCUGAGGUUGGUGAUAAGCCUCUACCUGUUAGUGUGACCAGGGUAAUCAACAUUUUAGCUUAAUCAACAACCGCAAUGCCUACACCAUUCAGCUGUCCUAAAUGCUCUCGAAGAGCCUUCACAUUGGUGAAGUUAAUCCAGCACAUCGGACUUGUUCAUGCACAUGAGCCACAUUUUACCAUAACGUGUGGCCUUAACAACUGUCAAUCAACAUUUUCUAAAUAUGAGUCCUUCCGACGACAUAUUUACAGGAAGCAUAAAGACAUUAUAGCCAGACGAGCCACUGCUCAUGAUAUCCAGGAAACAGUAGUGGGCGAGGAGGAGCAGGGGCCCAGUGAUGCUGUCAAUCCUCCUGAACCUCCUGAGAUGAAUGAACUGUUAGUGCAGUUUAGAGAGAAUCUUUUUGGCUUUAU